GCUAGUCUGUGGUGCAGUGCAUUUCAAUCCGGUGAAUUAAUCGCUGAAUUCUUGCGCUUAGUCUUUUGAUUGGUUGAGAAACGUGAAAUUAACUGCUCGAAGAUGGUCGUGAAACCGAAUAUAGCUGCAAUGAAGCCGCAGGGACAGGCUUACAAGGACAAAAGCAAACCGGCUGACAUCCGUCUAAGCAACAUUAAUGCUGCCAAAGCCGUUUCCGAUGCUAUCCGUACCAGCUUGGGACCGCGUGGUAUGGACAAGAUGAUUCAAGCAUCGAACGGUGAAGUAACCAUCACAAACGAUGGAGCAACGAUCUUGAAGCAGAUGAACGUCAUCCAUCCGGCCGCUAAGAUGCUGGUCGAGCUGUCCCGUGCACAGGACGUUGAGGCGGGCGAUGGCACAACGUCAGUCGUUGUGGUGGCUGGCGCACUUCUGGAAGCGGUCGAAAAGUUGCUGCAGAUGGGAAUCCAUCCGACAGCCAUCUCGGAAGCAUUCCAGCGCUGUUCGGCAAAGGCGGUGGAAAUUUUGACCGAAAUGUCCCGCCCCGUUGAACUGAACGAUCGUGAAUCGUUGAUCAAGAGUGCAUCCACGUCGCUAAACUCGAAGGUUGUGUCGCAGCACAGCAGCAUGCUAGCGCCGAUUGCGGUCGAUGCGGUGUUGAAGGUGACCGAAUCACAUGCCCAAGGAUCGGUGGAUUUGAAGAACAUCAAAAUUAUCCGCAGUCUCGGUGGUACCAUUGAAGAUACGGAGCUGAUCGAUGGACUUGUGUUUACGCAGCGUUCGUCCGGGAUCAACGGGCCGAAGCGUAUCGAAAAGGCAAAGAUUGGUCUGAUUCAGUUCUGCAUCUCGGCACCGAAAACUGAUAUGGAUCACAGCGUGAUUGUGUCCGACUACGCUGCAAUGGACCGUGUGCUGAAGGAAGAACGAGCCUACAUCUUGAACAUUGUCAAGCAAAUCAAAAAGUCCGGUUGUAACGUUCUUCUGGUACAGAAAUCAAUUCUUCGCGAUGCGGUUUCGGACCUUGCCCAACAUUUCCUGGACAAAAUCAAGGUGUUGGUCGUAAAGGACAUCGAGCGAGAGCAUAUUGAGUUCGUCUGCAAAACGCUACGCUGUCGCCCAAUUGCCUCGCUGGAUCAUUUCGUUGCCGAGAACAUGGUGAACGCAGAUCUGGUCGAGGAAGUUGCCAGUGGUUCGACUAAGUUUGUCAAGGUGACCGGCAUUCAAAACAUGGGACAAACCGUAUCGAUCGUUGUACGCGGCUCGAACAAGUUGGUGCUUGAGGAAGCCGACCGAUCCCUGCACGAUGCCCUUUGUGUGGUGCGCUGUUUGGUGAAGAAGCGUGCCCUUAUUGCCGGUGGUGGUGCGCCCGAGAUUGAGAUGGCUCUACAGCUGGCCGCUUACGCCCAAACGCUACAGGGUGUCGAUGCAUACUGCUUCCGUGCGUUUGCAAACGCGCUGGAAGUGAUUCCUUCGACGCUGGCCGAAAAUGCUGGACUAAACCCGAUUGCGACCGUUACCGAGCUACGCAAUCGUCACGCACAGGGCGAAAAGAAUGCAGGAAUUAAUGUGCGCAAGGGUGCAAUUACGGACAUCCUGGCGGAGAACGUCGUACAGCCACUGCUGGUUUCGAUCUCGUCGAUAACGCUUGCCUCCGAGACGGUGCGUUCGAUCUUGAAGAUCGAUGAUAUCGUGAAUACUAUGCAAUAAGCGGCCGAAGCAGCACCAGCAACGUAUUUAUCUGUUACCCAUAAGG